CGUGGCUUUGUUGCAUUCCUGCAGAGGCGCUGACCUUUGACCUGGUUGCAUUCCACAGAGGCAACAGCAAGCAGAAGGUGCGUGGAUUUGCGUGUCCACUAAAUCAUCGAAGAGCAGAUUCGUGCGUGAACCAAAUCUUUGUGUUAAAGUAGCAGACAGGCAGCGCCGAGGACAUGAAGGACAAACAAAAGAGAAAGAAGGAGCGGACUUGGGCUGAGGCGGCUCGCAUGGUUUUGGAGAACUUCUCUGAUGCUCCCAUGACGCCUAAACAAAUCCUCCAUGUCAUCCAGACCAAGGGGUUGAAAGAGAUGAGGAGCGGGACGGCUCCUCUGGCCUGUCUGGUCACCAUGCUCCAUUCUCAAGUGAGGGGAGACCGAGUGAAGAACAGCAUCUUCUUCAAGCUGCCUGGACGAAUGAGCCUGUUCACCCUCAAGAAGAACGCCCUCCAGUGGACGAAGAUGAGCACAGAGUUGGAGACGCAGAUGGAGCCGGGUAGUGGUGACUCCCCCCCGGCCUCCAGCACCUCCACCUCAGGCUUGACUGUGGCCCCUGCUGGCCCCACUGAAGCCACUGAGCAGGAGAGCUGUGACUCCAGUGAGACUGCUGCCACCAGCGCUGACAAUGACGCCUCCGUUGAUGAGAGCUUGUCCAGCGCAUCCACAGAACUCCACACUCCCAGUAGCCAGCCUCAGACCCGCCUCAGCAAGGCAGCUGGACAGCAGGGGCGCUCAGAGGCCCAGCACGCCCAGACUAGACUGAGUCGCUCCAGACAGUCAGGACGGCAGAGGAAGAAAGCAGUCAUGAUGCCUCGCGUUGUCCUCACACCUCUCAAAGUGAAUGGAGAUCAUGUUCCAUCAGGUCCAAUGAAGAGGAGUCGAGGAGUUGAUGUGGACUUUGAGACUCCAGGCUCAAUUCUGGUUAACACCAACAUCAGGGCUCUGAUUAACAUGAGAACCUUCUCAGCUUUUCCUGCACAGUCCCAGCAGCAGCUGUUGCAGCUACUGCCUGAGGUGGAUCGACAGGUUGGACCUGACGGGAUGGCCAGACUGAGUAGUUCGGCCUUGAACAAUGAAUUUUUCACUCACGCCUCCCAGAGCUGGAAAGAAAGACUGGCUGAGGGUGAGUUCACCCACGAGAUGCAGGUCCGCUUCCGACAGGAAAUGGAGAAGGAGAAGAAGGUGGAGGCAUGGAAGGAAAAGUUUUUUGAAGAGUACCACGGGCAAAAGUCUGGACUGACACGAGAGGAGUCCCUGAAGCUGACUGUGGCAGAUGCCAAUGAAGUUGCAGCGAGUGUGCUGGACAGUGAUGUCGCUGUGGUUACAACUGCUGCCACCAAGAGACGCAGUGUGGGCCGGCGGAGAAGAGACGGCAGGAUGAGAAGACGCACCCGAGCAGACUUGCGUCGCAGGGCGAGGCGGACUCUCUGCAAGGCACCUCCUUCAGCGAUGCACACUGCAGAAGCAACAGAAGCCAGCACAUCGCUGGACACUUCAGCUAUCUCUGUGGGUUCUCCUAUGUCCGAUAACACAGAGGUUCAAAGUGAGGUGGUGCUACAGGCCGAGUCUGCUGUAGAGCUUCCAAGUGAGAGUGUUUCCAUAGAACCAAAGUCCUCUCCUCUUCCAGACGCAGCCUCAUUACCGGCUCCCACACCCAGCCCUAGCCCAAGUCCAGCAUCCACCAGUGCCAACGAAGAGCCUGAAGUUCCAGUCUCCUCAGAUCACCUGCUCCCCGAAGAGGCUGCACCCGUACUGGCUUCCACUUCAUCUCCCUCCUCUUCCUUAUCGUCUUCAUCUUCUGCGUCCUCCCCCGCCUCGUCACCCUCUUCACCUUCUGACAGACAGGGAGCAGGCCUGGACUCCUCUUCAUCCUCCUCAGCAUCCUCCAGUGCAGUUGUGGCUGCUGACCCUCUCGAUGAUGCUGCUUCCGUGGUCACUUCAGUCACAGGGGGAACAGCCACCAGCAGUCGUGAGAGCAGCCCCUCGGCCAGCCCGGUGACCACCCCUGUGCCAGUUACUCAGUCCAAGGAACAGAAGAGGAGGCCAGAUGAAACUCAAGAGUUCUCCAGCUUCGCCGAAAAGAAACCGCGGCUCAAUGACCGUCAGUCCUUUCGUACCACAAUUGACGGUGUCCAUUCAGAGAAGCCGCAGCCGACAGCAGAAGAGCCCAAGGUGCCACCGAUCCGGAUUCAACUGUCCAGAAUCAAACCUCCAUGGGUCAAAGGGCACCCCACCUACCAGAUCUGCCCGCGGAUCGUGCCGCCCGGGGAGGGCUCGCGGCGGACGAGGACUGGGGGGGCGCGCACGCUGGCAGACAUCAAAGCCCGCGCCCAGCAAGCCAGGGCCCAGCGCGAGGCAGCUGCUGCUGUUGCGGCCUCUGGCGACGGGGCAGGGACGGUCGGGGUCGGGCUGCAGUCUGAUGCUGGGCUAUCAGAUUGCAGCAGUGGAAGACGAGCACGAGAGCAUCCCAGACCUAUUGAACCCGGAGGAGGAGGAGGAGGAGGAGGAGGAGGGGGAGGAGGUACAUCAGGAAGUGGUGGGGUGGAGGACCACGAAUCAUCUGCAGGCUCUAAUUCGUCUGGAACACAAUUACAGCUUCUUGAUGUAGAACCCACAUUCCACCCUUUGCUUUCUCCCCCCACCACAUCAACCUCACUGUCUGUGGAACCCCCUCAUAUCUCGAGCCCAACAUUGGAAGACUCACCUGAGGCCACAUUAGCUGGAGGAGAAGCAGAACCAAGAGCAGCCAGUGUCCAUAGCCCCUCCAGUGAGCAGGCGGACAAGCCAGCAGACUCACCGUCUCCACAGCCUGAGACUGUACCUGAGCCUGUGGCUACCCAACAUUUAAGGCAAAGCCAAGAGGACGUGUGUUCCUCCGCGUCAGAGAGUGCAGACCAAGGCUGUGUAAGUCCCUUACUGACACAAACAUCUAUCCCAGAUUCACUUCCUCGCUUUGGGGCUCAGGGCGUGGAUAUAAUUCAGUCUCUGGCUGGCCCCAGCCAACUGAGAGAUCAAAACCAAGGGACGGAAGCUGAAGUGGGCAGUGUUAUCCAGCAUGGUUCUCAACAUGUUGAGCCCCAGGAGACACCAUCACACACACUUGCCCAGAGACGGCGAGUUGAUGCGUCAUCAUCUCAGCAUGUGGUCUCAUCACAUGUUGAGAGAGAUGAGGCUGGCACGCACAGUGACUCCACUGAAACCGCUUCAGACUGUGAGAAUGAGACUCAUGAGGAAGAGCAACAGCACUAUGACCAGGAGUGGUGUCACCAACCAGUUUCCCAGAGAAAUGGCCAGCUGGUCAUUUGUAGUACAUCUUCUCAAAACCACCAGCCGGUUAUCCAGGCCCAUGUGUCCAGCCGCCGUGGUCAGACUGUCAUUCAGCCCUGUUUUCCUAAUGGCUUGCCCCAACCUCAGCCUGGCUGCCCCUAUUCCACGGACCGUCAGUCUUUUCCUACAUCCCACAUUCAAGGACUCAGGGACAAUAGUGUUUUGUCAAAAAUGGAGCCUGCAGAUGAUUGUAAAGCCUCCAGACAGGUUUCUGUUGAAGAGGAGUGUGGUGGAGUUUUGAAACCCCCCGUUACUCCCCCAACUCCCACUUCAGCUUCCAAGAGACUUUCCAGCUCAGCCAGGCCAGUGUCCAGUGUGGAGGCCAACAACCCUUUGGUCACUCAGUUAUUACAGGGCAGUCUGCCUCUGGAAAGAGUUCUCCCCUCACACUCUGCCAGCCGGCUGGAGAUCAGCCGACUACCAGGACCUCAGACCCGGCCAUCAGGAGCUACGACCCCAAGGCCCUGUGGCAAACCUGAAAUCUCAGCCCUGUCGCCCUGUCAAGAGUUGUCUCCAGCCCUUCAAAACCACAACAGGUCUCCAAGUGGUCAUGGAGUCCCUUGUCUGAUGGAGACACCAAUCUUGUCGCCGUAUCCAUCCCAACAGGCUCCUGGCGCCGUACCAGUCAUCACCUCUUUGCUCCCCUCCUCAUCUUCCUCCAGAAUCAAAUCAGAACCCGGCACUCAGACUGCUCUGCAUGUGGAGUCAGCAGUAAUCAAAGACUGUGCUGGUCCUCAGUCUUCCCAAGGGACCACUCCAGACAAGCCCAUGGCAGCAAACCGGACCAUCCCUAAUGGCCCCUCUCCUCCACGUGCAGACCCUUGUCCCACGGAGGUGGUGCCCACUAUUAAGGUCAAGUGGCGGCCGCCACAGACUCAGCUUCCACAUCCUCACCAACAGCAGCCGUCUCCUGCUCAUUCCAUAAAGAAUGAAGUCAGUGUGCGGCCCUCUUGUCAGGCUUUUGCCAAAUCCUCCCCCACUGUACACGUGAGUGUUACCAAAAAGGAGCCUGGGAACUCUCUGGACAACUAUCUUAGUGGAGGAGCAAUGGAAGGACUACUCAACAUGGAGAUGACUUUAGCUAGGAUGGCAAAGAUGGAGCACAGUAAAGCACCUUACUGCUCUGGUUCUCCAUCAUCUUCCCCAUCCUCCUCUGCCUCUUCCCUUCCCUUCCACCUCUAUGGGAAGCUCAGCAAGCAAGGUGGAGGUGUGGGAGGAGUCAGUUACACUGCCAACGUGUCAGUAAUGGACAGUGGCGGGUUCUCUCGCAGCGUGACGGACAGUGUGCUGCAGUUGCGCCCCCGUUUAUCCUCCAGUCAAACCACCCUCAGCAUCCAGGCCUUUACUGACACUACUGCCGAGGAGGUUGCGCUCAAGUGCUCGUGCCGCCUCAAAGCCAUGAUCAUGUGCCAAGGCUGCGGCGCCUUCUGCCAUGAUGAUUGCAUUGGGCCCUCUAAACUCUGCGUGUCGUGCCUGGUGGUCAGAUAGUGUGCUGCUCGGCCUUCUGGAACGUAGCUGUUUGUUUUUUUUUUUUUCUGCAGUUUUUGUUGUUUUUUCUGUACUGGUAUUAUUAUUAUUAUUAUUAUUAUUAUUAUUUUAUUGUUAUUGUUGUAAAUUUUGGGCAUGAUUGAUUGUAAAUUGUGCCUUUUUUGUUCUCAAACAUUACCUCAUCUUUUCUUGAUAUCUUGAUCCACCUGUCAUGUUGUGGUGGCUGUCAUUGUUUUAGUCCCUCUUUGCUUCGCAAACGGGGACUGAUUAUUGUCUCUGAGCAAAGAAAUAUUUUUUUAAAGAUUAAAAUGAGUAAAUGACCAUUGCUUGACCGGUUUGUGUUUUGGCUUUUAUUGUUCUCUUAAGCUCCAGUCUGUACUUUACACUUAAGCACCUUACAAUGAACAAAUAAAGUGAUCAUUGAGCAGUGA